GGGAUAUAUUCCACCAGAAUAUGCAAUUGAAGGCAGAUAUUCAACAAAAUCUGAUGUUUUUAGUUUUGGAGUACUUCUUCUCCAAAUCAUAAGUGGAAAAAAGAAUACAUGUCUGCAUGGUCCAGAUGAACACCAACUAAACCUUCUUGAAUAUGCAUUUGAGAUGUGGAGAGAUGGUAAAGGCAUGGAAUUUAUGGAUCAAUCACUUGAUGAUGAGAUACAUUCUUGUAAACUAUUGAAAUGCAUGCAAAUUGCCUUAUUAUGUGUUCAAAAAAAUCCAUUGGAUAGGCCUACAAUGUUGGAAGUUUGUUCUAUGUUCAAAAACAUUGAAAAUUUAGUUAUGAAUUCCCCUAAGAGGCCUGCAUUUUCUGCAACAGAAGAAGAUGAAAAUCAAGUUGUCAAUAUUCCAAAUGGUUCAUCAGAAGAAAUAGACAUUGACAAUGCAACAAUAACACAAUUGGUUGCAAGAUGAUUUAAUCUGGUGCAGCAAGUAAUUUGUUUUAUUUUUGAAAUUACGAAUUUCAGUUAUUUAAGAACGUUGAUCACACCUUGUUUUAUUUAUUGGUGACUUGAAAUUGUAAAUUAAGGAUAUUUAUUUACUCCUUCCUUCUCAUUUAAUUUUGUAUGAAGGUGUUACAAUUUGAGGAGUCAAAUAUUUUUUUUCGUUGAUUAUAAUUUUCUCAAAAUUUUAAGUAAUUUGAAUCA